AUGGCGGUGCAAGUGUGUUUUCGCCGGUUUCGCUCAUUCCAACUGCUUUUCAUAAAUACAGCCUACACACGCUUAAAAAAUCCUUUUUUGAAUGUGAGAACACCUUUUCCAACUUUAACACCACGAGUUCUGCGUCCAUUUACUUUAACACGAACGCUAUGUUCCGACGGUCGCCAAAAUGACGAAGACCCCAAGGUAAAAACUGCGAAUUUGGUCAUAACACAAGGGCCCAUUGGGUGGCUUUUAAAGACAGUGAAUCUAUGGCUCCUUCAGAAGUUUAUUGAUCACGAAUUUGAGGAACGCGAGUUUCUACGAGGGGCUAAGCAAGCCUUGUGUGUUAUCUCCGAGCUAAUAAAUAGGCGAAGCUGGGAGGAAAUGGAGGGAAUAAUGUCUGAAAAACUUGCAAGUGAUAUUCAACACAACACUGACUUGAUUGAAAAGCUGGGACCAGUGGUCACGUGGCAGCAAAUUAUAUCUGCAAACAUCCAGAAAGUGCAAGUUGGUUUUGUGGAGAACGGGAAAGGCAAAAAUCAACUGUAA